CCUUCCCUCGCUAGUCCACACCCUCAAUCAUUAACCCUUCCAUCGCAAAAUCACCUACCACCCUGGAAGCCCCUGAGGGCUCCAUGGUGGCAGACAUUAUUGAAAAGGAAGAGGAGGAAGUUGCACCCUCGUUGUUAAAAUCAGUUGGUGUGGAUGACGAGGCGGCAUCAGAUGAGAAGUCUGUUUUGCUGCAAGAUGUGAAGGACUCUGUCAUGCAGGAGGAGGGUGGAGAUCCUGGUGAACAGGACAAGGACGUGGUGGAAGCACAGCAGGCAUCAGAAAUAGUUGAUGACGAUGAAUCCGAGGGGGAGAAUGACAGGUCUAUCUCCCCCUCUCAUGUGUUUGAAUCGGAUGCUUUGGAUAGACAAGAGGUAAGUGCAGUCAUGCAAGCAAGUGUGGAGGUGAUUUGUGAAGAGGAUAAAGGAGAAGUCAAGGAGGGACUGCGAUUGAUAGAUAUUGAGUCCUCCCAGGAGAAGAAUGACAGAUCCCUUUCUCCCUCUCAAGCGUUCGAGGCAUCUGCUUUGCUGAAGCCGGAGAGUAACGCCGAGUCAAGCUCUUUGCUGGGUUCCGGCCUUCCGGAGGACGGUACAACGUCAGGACCAUCCGGAUCUGAGCUUAGAGUUGAUUCAGUUGAAAGGAUGGGAUGCACAAUUCCUACAGAGGAAAAUGAAGUUUUAGAAGAUGUGGAGGACAGCGCCGUGGCUGGCGAAGUCGACAGGAGUCAGGCUGUUGAUAUGAAUGUAGGAGGAGAGGAACAACGGCCGGAGGGGGAAGAGGUUGUUACCCACCAGGACGGCACGGGAGCAGGAGUGAUAGAGGAAGAGAGAGCAGAGGUUGUCGCCAUGGAGGAGGGCGUAGGAGCAGGAGUGGUAGAUUGUUCAGCACCAGGAGAAAAGGCAGUAGUCAUAGACGAUUUGCAGGCGCAGUCUACAGAAGGCGAAGCGCAGGUUCAGGAAGCGGAGGAAGUAGUUGAGGUUAAGGUGGAGCCAGAGGUCAUGAUGGAGCCAGAAGUCAAAGACGUAGCAAGUAAUCAGAGUGAGGAGAAGGGUGUGGUUGAGAGCACAAUGGUCUUGAAAGCUGCACUGGUGAUUCAGAAGGAGAAAGAGGAUAGAGUCAGUGAAAGUGCAGCAGAGAUUACUGUACUGGAUGGAGAGACUAGGGAAGCGAAGAAGCGUGGGAAAGAGCAGCGUAAUGACGCUGUUGGCGAACAGGUAGAGAUGGUAGGUGAGUCAGGUGUAGUGGAGAAAGAAGGGGAUGGGAAGCUGGAAGAGUCACCGGGAAAGCAGCAGCGGCAGCUAGAGGUAGAGAGGGAUGCUAGGGAAGUGGUGUCCUAUGCGCCAGGGGGAAGGGCAGUCCACAUGGAAGCCGGUGUGUUGGGAGGGGACUGUCACAGUGUUUCAUCAGCAGAACCAAUGGCUUUUGUUAGCGAAGGGCCAUCACCGCACAAGGAAGACGUUCAGAAGUUUGUAUCUUCUGGCAAUAGUGAAGUCCAUCGAAGUGAUACGAGUCUCCAGAUUCCAGCUGAAGUUGCGAGACUAGACAAGGAAGAUGUGGUAGAAGGAGGGAGCAAUGAAGAUGAAGGAAAAGAGGAGGUCAGUACUUUGCCUUCGUCUGGAGCUGAUGCAGACUGUUAUGGAUUCACACAAUCUCCGGAAGAUGGUGUUGGUACAGGAAUUAAUGCGGCUGCGCUUGCAGCAGAAUCUGUCGGCAGGUCAGGUUUAUCUCCUUCCAAGGAGAAGAAGCUGCCAUCAGUGAUGGUGGGGGAUACCGCUAAUUCUAACAAUGCAAGUGCCGCAGGAGGUCUGUUUGGACUGGUGGUGGAAGAGGAGGAAGAGGAGAGGGAAGAAGUGGAAAGCGAUGAUGAUGAAGAGGAGGAAAGAGGUGAGGGAAUCGUGUGUGCUGCUUCUGUAGAUGCUCAGACGAAGGGCAAAACUUUCUAUCCUAAGUCUCUGUCGUUUGCCAAAGCUAGGGCCGUUGAAGUAGUGGAAAGGGAGGUGGGAGUGCGAUCGUUUCCUGUUGCUGCAGCCAAGGUGGAAGCCAAUGGGGAUUCUAUUUAUAGUUCUUAUCAAGAAGAGCCACUCCAAGGAACUGGGAAGGCAUCUAGUGCUGGAAGAGGUUGGAGAAUGGAGAGCGACAUGCGCCCAGCGAACGUUCCAGCUGAUGUGCACGAGGGGAAGGAGGAAUCGCCUCCUUACCAGUUUGAAAGAGGGAAGCGAGGGGAUGACUUUGACAAUGAAUCAGAAGCUGCCUGGUUGGAGUAUGAAGACGAUGACGAUGAAGAGGUGGUUCUGCCGGCUGUUCUUCUUCAUAGUGAUACCAACGAUCUCGAUGACCAUUUUGAGGCGUCGUCCUCCUUUGAGGAUCUGCAGAAGCAGUUGCUGAGUGCACGUGUGGAGAGAUCUACUUCUGUAAUGGGUACACCAGAGCGAUCGACUCCUGUGAAGGACAAGUAUGCAAUCCAUGACGACGGAAAGUGGAUUCCGACAAGCAGUACUCCAGAGAAGCCGGCUUCCUGGCAGACGAUGCUACGGUCUACACCACCACUCCCACCACAAGGAGACAAUUAUAUACGGAGAAUGAAAUCUGAUGCACGUCUUGUAUUCAUUGAGUUGGUCCCACAAGAAACAGGGUAUAGACCAGAGGGAUGGAACCGGGCAGCUCGAAGAGAUCAGCGAAGCAUGAGCAGAGAUAGCUUCAUCAAAUCAACGAUAGUUGAGGAGGACCCUCGAAUAUCGCCAGCGACGCCGACAAACAAGUGGAAGGAGAGGGGAGAGCAGGGGUUGCGAUAUGCACAUCAUGCGGUAAUGGAGGCAAAGACUCUGGGGCAGCAGAAGGUUCAGGAGGUGGUAGAAGCACUACGCGCAAAGGGUGCGACGGUUCCAGGCUUGGGUGCACAGAUUGCCAGAGACGGAAGUGCGGUUGGCAGCACUAGCGCGAGCUGGCCUGUGGACACGCAGAAUGCUCUAGCGCCAUUUGCAAAAUCAUGGCGAGAACUGAGUCAGCAGGGUCUGCAGUAUGCAUCCUAUUGGUUGCAGGAAGCAAAGACGCAAGGCCAGCAGACCAUUCGACAUGCAUGGCAAGGAAUCAAAACAGGCAAGGAAGCAGCAGCAGCGGCCCUCGCUAGGAGCGACAACCGGCGCUCGGCCACCGCUGGGACAACGAAUGCAUUAGCAGGCCUUGGAGGAAGGGACAUGCGGGCAGCCAGCGCUGAAACUACAAAUGCAGCCGCAGGCCUUGCACGACGGGACUGGCGGUCCACCGCGACUGACAUUGCCGAUCAUGUCGAAUCUAGGUUCGACCAUGCUGAAUUGAGAAGGAGAGGAGGGGGGGUAGGGUUGCAGCAUGCUCACCGUGGAAUACAGCACGCGAAGACAGUUGGAUAUCAUGGACUACUGCAGGCUAGAGUUGCCGGGUAUCAGGGAUUGCAGCAGGCGAGGAAUGUGGGUAAGGAGAACCUUGCACGUACAGUCGAGACAUUGAGUGCAAGAACAGAACGGCUCGGAAAUCGGCCUGAGAGGAUUGGAGCAAGUCUUGGUGUGGAGAAUUUGAGAUCGAGAGGAGGAGAGGUGCCACAGCUCGCGUGCCGGGAAUGGCUGGACUUGUAUGCCCGGACUCGGCGGAGAAUAGCAGGGCCAUACGAAAUCCCAGCAUCAGAAGAAGCUGAAGUCGAUACAACUACAGAGGGUGAGGCCCAAAAACAGCGAGCAUACAGUCCGGCAGAAAAGGAAGGUGCUGGAUUGUCCGCAGUCAUUGCUAUUCUUCUCCUGCUCGUCAUCUUCCUAGUACUGGUCAUUGUGUUCCGAGGACCGUGUUGUGGACAACCAACAUUGUCCUACGGCGAUGGCGAGCAGUUCGGUGUGUCUCAAGGGGCUGAAAGGAUGUGCAGAUGUACUUGUGACGUUAUGAAGUCAUGAAAGGGUCGAGGCCUUCGAGGAGAACGUUUUCUCCUUUUAGCUCUGGGAUUCUACAAAUGCUUACUUCGUUGUUGCACAUUGGGAUUGUUGCCUUGCUGAGGGUGACAUGGUUACAUCCAACAACAGCAUGCUAGAGAUGGAAUGAAAGUUUGGAUUAGUCCAUAAAUUUUGCUUACUUCGUUGUUGCACAUUGGGAUCGUUGUCUUGCUGAGGGCGACAUGGUUACAUCCAACAACAGCAUGCUAGAGAUGGAAUGAAAGUUUGGAUGAGUUCAUGAAAUUUGAACUGCAUGCUAGAGAUGGAAUGAAAGUUUGGAUGAGUUCAUGAAAUAUUUUAAUUGGACUGUCAUUCUAUAAAAGCAUUUUCAGUCACAAAUAGGUUGAUCCAAUCUAAAUUGGAAGGUAUUUGUUGUAGUAGAAUGAAAGUUUAAUUAAGAC